CGAACCGCCGAGAAGAUGACGGACUCCACACCGGCGGACCCCACCGCCGUCCCGGAUCCGACUCUAGUGGCGGCGGUGAACGGACAGUGUGAACAGGCGGAUUCACCUCAGCAACAGCAGCAACAGCUACAGCAACAGCAGCAGCAGCCAGGCACUGAAAGUCAGGGAGAGGGGCUCAAGAUGGACCAGGAGAUGAAGAUCACAGACAGCAUAGAGGACGGAGGUCUUCUGGAGAGCAGCAUGCGUCUGAAGCCGCAUGAAGCACAGAGUUACCGUAAGAAGGCUCUGUGGGUGUCCUGGGUAUCCAUAGUGAUCACCAUCAUUCUGGCCAUCGCCGCGUUCACUGUUUCCAUCAUGCGACACAGCGCUUCAGCUUUUGGAUUUGCUUUUGAUGCCCUGCUGGACGUAUUAUCUUCCGCCAUUGUACUGUGGCGGUACAGCAAUGCUGCAGCUGUCCAUUCGGCACACCGUGAAUACAUAGCUUGUGUUAUCCUGGGUGUUAUUUUCAUCCUGUCUUCCCUGUGCAUUCUGGGUAAGGCCAUCCACGACCUGGCCACCAAGCUGCUACCUGAAGUGGAUGACUUCCUGUUCAGCGUGUCCAUCGUCAGCGGCUUGUUGUGCAUCAUCCUGGCAGUGGUCAAGUUUAUGCUCGGCAGGGUGCUCACGAGCCGAGCCCUCAUCACUGAUGGAUUCAACUCUCUGGUGGGGGGAGUCAUGGGGUUCUCCAUCCUCAUCAGCGCUGAAGUGUUUAAGCACGAACCCAAUGUGUGGUACCUGGAUGGGACAAUAGGUGUCCUCAUAGGUCUGAUCAUCCUCUCCUAUGGAGUCAAGCUGCUGCUGGACAUGGUCCCACGGAUCCGACAGACCAGAAACUACGAGCGCUUUGAGUGA